AUGUCAACUUUUAGACGUCAGUUUCGUUGUACUUGGAAUGAUUGUAACGUCCUAUUCAAUGAAUACAAUGAGUUCAAGCAACAUAUGAUAUUACAUUUGGAGGAGUCUUUGAACUCCGGUUCUUCGGAUAUUAAAUGUGGAUCAUGCAAUAUUUUUCUUAAUCGUGACGGAGCAGCAUAUAGGCACGUCUUUUUCCAUUCUUGGUUGAUAAAUCUGUACCUUCGCGGAUUAGCUUAUCAAAAGCAACAGGAUUUGCCCGAUUGCAAACUUCCGGGCGAUCAUAAUUUUGUUCCCGACUUUCCCACGCAGUUCACCUGCAGCUGGAGCAGGUGCCGCUUUCAGACAAAUGAUGUCUCCGCCUUCUACCUUCAUGUUUCCGAGCAUCCUCAGUAUUAUCCUGGCGAUGAUGACGAAGAAUAUUCUUGCCAAUGGAAAGGCUGUUCUUUCUCUGCUUCAAGGCAUACUAAUAUUGUUGCUCAUUUGCGUUCUCACACCCAGGAAAAAGUGGCUUCAUGUCCACAAUGCGGUCUUCUUUUCACAGCCCGUAACAAAUUACGUGAUCAUAUUGUACGGCAGUAUGAACCUGGAGAUCCCGCCUUGAGUCCUCAGAGGGAGAAAUUCCAGUGCUCAUAUUGCUUGCGCUGCUUUGGUUCACGGAAUAUCAUGCUUGCCCAUGCCAGUCGUCAUGUUAACAAGCACAUAUGCAAUAUCUGUAAACUCUCCCUUCAAAGCAAAAGCGCUCUUGAGCGCCAUGUUUUGUAUCGUCAUGUGAAUAAGGCCGUAGUGCCUUGUCCACACUGCCCAUCGAAGUUCAAGGACGUUUACUGUCUGAGAGCUCACAUUUCACGACUACAUUCAGCGGAUACUCAAGGUAAUUCGACACCUACUGGCUCAGAUUGUGGUUUGUCUACUUCUCUGGAACCUCUUCGUUCUGUGGCAACACCACUUGGCCCACUUGCCGCUGCAAACUCUCCAAAUCUUGGCGGAAGUCAUUUAUUUCCCUUGCAGACAUCCACUCCCAAUGUGCGCCGUACCUCAACCUCAAAUAACCUUCCUACUCCUGCAACUACAACUGAAGAAAGGAACGUCUUCCGUUGUCCCAUAGAAGGCUGCAGGUUCUACUCUACUACUCAACCUGGUUUGCUUGUACACGCAACUCGAAAACAUCCUCCCAGUCAACCCCAAGGCUCAUACGCUUGUCAUGUUUGCUCUCGACGUUUUGUUAAAGGCUUUCUGCUAUCCCGCCAUUUGAUAACAAAGCACAAGUACCAGCGACCAGCAGGACAUUUUAAGUUCAACUAUGUGGUGUGUGAAGAUGGACUUCAUCGCCUGCAGACACUACGGCUCGAUACUGUGGAAGUAGCAUCGGCUAUUCUUGGACCGGAAACAGUUGGCGAGAUCCUGCCAACUGGAGAUGAAGGCAAUCAAAUCCAAGGUGACAUCCAAUUGCCACAAAGUACUCCACUGAAUAACCUCUGA